AAAGAGAGGUGAGCCGUGUAGGGUGUUGAUGGGAACGCAGGUUCUGAGAUGUUCGGUGGAGGGGGUGAGGGUGGUGUCAAGUAGCCCAAGGAUGUGGUGGGGUGUGCAGGAGCUGUAGUGCUGGCAGCUGUAGUCGUGGUUGUGGAUUGGCCCUGAGCCAAAGAGGUGAGCAGAGUGUUUUGGAGAGCAGCAAAUUGGUGUUGCAUCAAAGUUUGGCUUCGGGCAAUUCGCUCGAUGGUGGUGUGAAGGUCUUCCUGUUGGGAUUGGAUAGUUUCAUUUUGGGAUUGUUGCAAGUCCACGGAAGCUUGGAAAGUGGCUAUGUGGUCUGUGGAGAUGGUGGAAGAGGGUGGUGGUUGGGGUAGUGGUGGGAUUGCUCCGCCGGUUGUGGCCGGAGAGGGUUGUUGGGUUUGUGUGCCACGCAUCGGUGGCUUUGAUACCAGAUGGUGAGCUCAAUAAUUAUAAAAAGGGAAAACAAGGGAAUUAAACUGAUUUCAUUUCAUCGAUGCCUCAAAGUGAGGCUGUAGCAUACAUAUAUGGGUGUGUCCCUUACAACAGAAUGGAAACACGUGGCACAGGACCGCCACUACAUGUAAGGGAUAAGGAUGCAGCUACAUUCUGGCAAAAGACAAAGAGCAAUGCUGCAGUUGCAGCUCAGGCCGGAUGAACUGGGACGAUGUACUGCCGUACUAGUUGAUGCAGCUGGUUGUCUGGGGGUGAUGAUAAUAGUGGGCUUUGUGUAGUAAUUGGGCUCGGUGUGGGCUUGGUCCCAACAUACACACGGAGGCUAGCAUUUGCCAUUUUAAAAACGAGAGUCAAAACUCAAAAGACCGCAGCGGCAGUAUGUGGCGCGCAGAUAACACCAAGAGCCACCUUCUCUGAUCAGUGAUCAGUCAUCAGUCAUCACUCUCACUCUCAUUCAUUCCACUUGCGUUUCCUUCCUUUUAGGUGGCGCAGCCAUAACUCACCCGCCGCCUCCUUCUUUAUUAUCAUUAUAAACAAACCCACAAACAAACUUGAAUCUCUCUCUCUCUCUCUCUCUCUCAUGGCAUUCAUGGCCGCCGUUUCACGCGCCGCGCUCUUUUCCCGUGCCGGAAUCAUCCGCUCCAUGAGCAACAUCCCCGAGAACACCGUCUACGGCGGCCCAAAGUCCCAGAGCCCGGACCGCCGCGUCACCGUCACCCAAAUCAAGCAGAAGCACAACAAGGGCGACCCCAUCACCAUGGUCACCGCCUACGACUACCCCUCCGCGGUCCACCUCGACUCCGCCGGAAUUGACAUUGCCUUGGUCGGCGACUCGGCUGCGAUGGUCGUGCACGGUUAUGACACCACCCUCCCUAUAACGCUUGACGAGAUGCUCGUCCACUGCCGCGCUGUGGCGCGUGGGGCCAAGCGCCCGCUUUUGGUUGGGGACUUGCCUUUUGGGUUCUACGAGUCCAGCUCCAUUCAGGCUAUCGAUACAGCGGUGAGGAUUUUGAAGGAAGGAGGAAUGGAUGCAAUAAAAUUGGAAGGAGGGGCACCUUCGAGGAUUACUGCGGCAAAAUCUAUUGUUGAGGCUGGAAUUGCUGUGAUGGGGCAUGUGGGACUUACCCCACAGGCGAUUAGUGUUCUCGGGGGGUUUAGGCCUCAAGGAAGGAAUGUUGCUAGUGCUGUAAAGGUUGUGGAGACAGCAUUGGCUUUGCAAGAAGCUGGGUGCUUUUCUGUUGUUUUGGAAUGUGUACCGCCACUUGUGGCGGCUGCAGCAACGUCUGCUCUUCAGAUUCCUACAAUUGGCAUUGGAGCAGGGCCUUUUUGCAGUGGACAGGUGCUAGUUUACCAUGAUCUUCUUGGAAUGAUGCAGCACCCACAUCAUGCCAAGGUUACCCCUAAAUUCUGUAAGCAGUUUGCACAGGUUGGAGAUGUCAUCAACAAAGCUCUUGUAGACUACAAGGAAGAAGUGACUAGUAGGACAUUCCCAGGCGCUGCCCACAGCCCAUACAAGAUUAACCCUGCUGAUGUUGAUGGCUUUUUAAGCGAGUUACAAAAAAUGGGUUUGGACAAGGCUGCAUCUGCGGCAGCUGAAGCAGCUGAGAAGAUAAAUUCAAACAAAUCAAAGUAACUGGCAAUGAUCCAGCCUUAUUUAUCUUUUAGGCAAGGCUUAUGUAGGUAAAAAUUAAAAAACCAUUUGGUCAAAAGUUGGAUUUUGAAGUAAAGGAUCGCAAUGCAAAAAUGUCAAAUGCCAAUGACUCUUGCCUUGUCUUCACAAUAAUCAGGGUUAUCUUAGAAUAGUUUGAAGGAGCAGAAUGCCAGAUUCCUUUCCCUUUGACAUUUCUCUGUAACAGUUUAGGUAUCCAAUGAAUGAAGUUCGGUUCCUUUUUGAGUUGUAAAAGAAAGGUUGUUCUUGUUUAAAGUUGUUUUUAGAAUUCGAAAGCAACUUCAGGCUCUUCAGCUAUUAA